UUCUUUUGCUUGGGCUUGGAUAGCACGUUGUGACUGGUCUACCGUUCUUUUGUCAAGAGAGCCCUGCGUUGGCAGGUUGCCAAGUAUGCGUGCCCUUGGGCUCGCCUGCGUCUUUGGCGCUCUCCUACUAGAUGCCGCUCUGGGCAAUGAUGUAGGAGAGCUGCUGAAGCAGGGCGAUGCAGCGUUCGCGGCUAGCACGUACUCUUCGGCAGUCCGCUUUUACUCCCAGGCUAUCGACCUGCAAUCCACGCAGCCGCUGCUGUACACAAAGCGCGCGGCCGCCUACAUCAGCCUGCGGUCGCUGACACAGGCGCUUCGGGAUCUGAACAAGGCGGUGGAGCUGGACGAUGCUUUUGUGCAGGGCUACAUCAACCGCGGCAAGCUACAGCGGCAAAUGUGCAACUACGACGCGGCGGAGCGGGACUUUAAGCGCGUGCUGGAGCUGAAACCGGGGCAGAAGGUUGCGGAGCAGGAGCUGCAACGCACGCUGGCCUCCCGCUCCAAGAUGGAGGCGGUGCAGGCGGCGGUGAGGGCGGCGGAGGCGGCCAAGGCGGAGGCCGCCAAGGCGGCGGGCGACGGCGCGGAGCCGCCUAACACUUCGGCCGCGGACCUGGAGCGCAUCAAGCCCACUCUGGAGAGCCUGUAUGAGGACUCGCCCGACUGUGUCCAGGCGCAAGUGCUGGAGGCGCAGAUGAUGUUCGCAGCGGCCGAGUACGAGCAGGUUGUGGCUGUCACCGGCCGCAUCGUCAAGGCCGACGACCGGCAGCUGGACGCGCUGGUGCUGCGCGGCAGGGCCUACUUCUACCUGUACGACCACGACAUGGCCAAGCGCCACUUCGGCGAGGCGCUCAAGUACGACCCCGACCACGGCGCCGCGCGCAAGGAGUUCAACAAGGUCAAGGACUACGACCGCAAGCGCGCCCGCGCCGAGAAGGCUCUGGAGGCGCGGGACUGGGAGGCCGCGGAGAAGGGAUACAUCGACGCCCUGCACGUGGACCGCGACCACCGCAAGGGCAACGAGGCGCUGUGGUUCGGGCUGUGCCGCGCGCGCGCCGCACUGGCCCGCAUCGACCUGGCCAUCACGGCCUGCGCCAACACCCUCAUCCUGGCGCCCGGACACCGCGAGGCCAAGCUGCUCAUGGUGCGCACAAUGCUCGAGGCGGAGCGAUUCGAUGAGGCGCAGGUGAAGGCGCGCGAGUUCCUGUCGCAGCACCAAAACGAUGGCGAGUUCCACGAGUUGGCGCGCGAGGCGGAGCGGCGCCUCAAGAUGGCCAAGCGCAAGGACUACUACAAGGUGCUGGGCAUAGACAAGACCGCGGGCGACCGCGAGAUCAAGCGCGCCUACCGCGACCUGGCAAAGAAGUAUCACCCAGACAAGGUGUCUGCGGACGAGCGCGAGGCGUCGGAGGCGCAGUUCCGAGAGAUUGCCGAGGCGUACGAGGUCCUGAGCGACGAGGGCAAGCGGCAGGCGUACGACAGCGGGCAGGACCUAGAGGAGAUGCAGCACGGCGGCGGCGGCGGCGGGCAUCCCUUCUUCCAGCAGGGCGGCAUGCACUUCACCUUCCGCUUCGGGUGAUAGGGUGUGGCCAGGGGUGUGUUUUGUGAGGAGGCGGACAUGCUGGCUGAGCGUGCGAGUGUUGGGGUGACACGACGUCGGACGGCCUGUGUGAUUUGAUCUGUGUGAUACGAGUUCAGGCCCAUAAUAAUGGAACCUGAUCCGGCACGUUCAUGAGUGCCGUGGAGGCUGGUGAGAUGAGGAAGUUGCGGCUGGGUGGGUGCGUGCGCUGGGGAUAAUGAGAGUUCUUGGACUGAAAGAGAGGUGACUUAGAUAGGAUGACUUGGCAGCUGCAUGCGUGCACGACAGGCUACCGUAUGACAGUUAUGGUAGUUGGACCUGUUGGACCUGAACGCAGAUGCGUGGGCGGUGGUGCGUGCGUGUGUGCACAAGAGUGGUCGGCAGAGCUCCCUAAGUACCGUAUGUUGCUGCUGCUGCAUGGCUCGGUUGGACUGAAGUGUCAACAAUGGGAGGCGGCGGGCGGGUGACUGAGAGAGACUCGUCUGGCAAGAUGCGCCCCCCCCCACACACCACCAACUGUCCUGGCGAACUGGGAGCCUCCCUCAAACUGGGAACCUCCCUGUGGAUGCGCAGGGCUGUCUGCGCCGCUUCUGCGCCAGCAGGUCCGCGCGUUCGCUGGGGUGAGCUAAUCGUGCCCCACCCACACGGAGCAGCAACCAAUCCACAAUCCCUUCGCCCUCAGCGUUUGUGAAUUGUGAUCGGUUACCGUACUCGGUUAGUGGGGUGUAUGGGGGCUUAGCUGAGCACACACGCCCUUGCUUCUCCGAACAUGAGGAGCGAGGACUCGACAAGUCACUCAUAC